AUGCCAACGACGUUCAUGAACGCUUCCUGGUGGCCCGCGCUCGUUUGGCUGUGGUCGCUGUCCGCGGCCGUGGCCGGCGACGACGAGAAAAUUUGCCCCAGCAUAACCAUAAUGAACUCCGGCGAACGUCUGGCGUCGCUGCACAACUGCACCGUCAUCGAAGGCCACCUGCAGAUCAUCCUGAUGGACAACUCCAAGCCCGCCGACUUCGAGGACACGUACCCACUGCGUGAGAUCACCGAGUACAUGGUCGUCUACCGCGUCACCGGGCUCAUCAACUUGGGCCGGAUGUUCCCGAACCUGUCGCUGAUCCGCGGCGUCCACACGACAAUGUUCCCCGGACGGUCGCUGAUGAUCCACGACAACGCGGACAUCAGGGAGAUCGGACUAUUCCGGUUGACGAACAUCACCCGUGGCUCGGUCAUUAUUUCCCAAAACCCCAGUGAGUCGUGUUUUUUUUUUUUUGCACUUCUUCAUUUUACUCGUAAAUAUGCCGAUCGUUCGUUUUAUUUUUUCGACCAUUGUAAAUGUGUUAUUUGCCCACCGCUUCGAGUGGAUUAGAUACGUAUCGCGAUUCGUCAGUUUUAAACAAUUCGUACCGUAUGGCAAUUCGAUUAUUCGCGAGAUCAAACACGUGGGGGUACACGUGGAUAUUCAUGCGUUAUCUCGAAAUUUGUCCAACAAGUGUUUUCUAAACGUGUCUUGCAAAUUCAAAAUUAUAUCCUAAUAAUUGGCAUUAUAGUUUGUUAAAGUUCGCUUCAAAAUCAUGUUUGCUUACGCAUUUACUCCGGGAAGUAUACAUUUUUUUUCGGGAUUAUUUUUUUAAGAACAUUUAAAAAAAAAAGCAGCUCUAAAAUGUUUCAUAACUGUUAUUUUUUUGGCUCCCAUAUUAUUUAAGGGGACAGGCCACUACCUAAUUUUGAUAUUCAAAUGGUAACCUAUUCCAGGUGCUUGCUAUCCCAUAUGAUUUUAUUUCGAACGACGCGUAUCGCUCCACUAUUGUCCUGCGCACCCUACCUUAAAGUGUAAUGUUUCGUCAACGGGUCGACGGAAUUAAAAACUCCAACGUCAACAUUUAUUUAAAUUGUUGUUUCACCCUUAAAAAUAACGGUGAUGUAAAAUUCGAGAGCCGCUUGUUCCAGUAUCAAAAAAAAAAAAAAAGGAAAGAAAACUACGGAAAAAGUUAAUAUUUCCCGCGACGAUAUUGAGUGUCCUUUUCCGAGGAUUAAUCAUCUUGUACAAUAAUACCAAACGCUUCUUUACGUAUCACCUUUUGGGUUAUGACGUGAAAAAAAAAAUAUAAAAAAAUAAUCACAAUUAUAUUAUUGUUACUUUAGUAGAUAUUAACGAUGAGUAUAUGAAAUAUGUAUUACGUAUAUAUUAAAAAAAUUGCUGAAUAUUCGUACGUACAACAUCACGCACAACAUAAAUCGAAUUGCGUAUUUUAUUCGGAUUUAUUAAAACGUUUACAAAAUCGUAUGCGUAUCAUGAAAAUAUUUCUACGAAAACAUUCCGCGACGGUUAUUAGGCGAAUCGAGAUUGUUUUUAUUUUAUUAUUAUUUUUUUUUUUUAAAUAUCAACGAUAAUAUUUGCCUACGUAAUUGUUUGUUUCGUUUUUUCCCCUCUCCCGUAGAAUUGUGUAAUGCGGCGACAAUCGAUUGGGGCCAAAUUACAACCGCAGUGAGCAACGACUCCAACAUCAUUAACAACAACGAGACCAGAAGAUGUCCCGGAUGUUCCAAUAGCGGUUGUCCGGAAGACAGAUGUUGGUCCCAGCAACCCAGUCCGGAUCGCUGUCAAUACGGCAAAUUGAAAAACUGUCAUCCGUUGUGCGCCGGCGGUUGCGAUCAAUACCAUUCUGCCAGACAUUGUUACGCGUGCACCGCGUACAUGCACGACGGCGAAUGCAUUCAAGAAUGCCCUCCUGGCCUGUAUGUAUUUAUACACAUUUCUAUUUAAAAAAAGAUUUCCGUAAUUUGUUAUAUGUCAAUAGGUAACACGAAUCAUUUUUGUUUAGGUAUGGUCACAUCCGGUCGUGUUUGACCGAAGAACAGUGUCGCAGUUUGCCGGUAAACCGAGAAGAAUCCACUUUGGACGAUUUGAAUACCAAUUACAUUCCGUUUGAAAAUCGUUGCAUUGACGAAUGCCCGUACGGAUACGAAGUGACACCGGACAAAAUGAACUGUACGAUAUGUAUGAAAACGAGAAACGGAAAUUGUCAGCAUAAUUGCAAUAGUUUCAAGAUUAGCGACGAAAUUUUGAGAAGGAACGACGAGUACCGGCUGCACACCAAUUGCACGACCAUCAGAUCUUUAGAGAUCGAAGUCAAGUUCGGCACUACCGAAGACAUAGAACGUCGACUAGAAGAUUACGUUGGUAAAGUAGAAGUGAUCUUGGACCAGUUGAAAAUCAUUCGUUCGUAUUCGUUAACCUCUUUGAAUUUUUUUAAAAACUUAUACGAAAUACGCGGCAAAAACACUGUUAACAAAAUGGCUUUGGUAAUUCGCGGUAACAAAAAUUUACAAAAACUAUGGACCACCGAAGACAAUAAAACCCGCGAGGUGAAAAUAUUGAACGGUACGGUGUCAUUUCAUUAUAACCCAAAGUUGUGUAUGUCGGAAAUAUAUAAAUUUGGAAAUUUGUCUACGCUACCUCCGUUCUCAGACAUCGAAGUAUCAACAAUAUCCAACGGGGAUCAGUUUGCUUGCACCGUUUACAAUUUAGUUGUAGAAACUGUCAAAAUCCUACCCUAUUCUAUUGUUUUACGGUUGUACAAACCCGUGGAAGUUGAUGACCUAGAAAGGUUUCUAGUGUAUUUUAUUGAAGCGGACAAAUGGAACGAAACAAUCGAGACCACAGAGUGCGAAGAUUCCAGUUGGAAAAUCGACGAUAUUGGUGCGAAAAGAGCGAAUGAAACCAAUGAACCAGAACACUACCAUGUGAUCACUAAUUUAGAGCCAAACACAGAGUAUAUUUAUUAUGUUAAAACUUAUACGAUUUCGUCCAAAACCAGUAUGAGUAAAAUUUUUCGUAGCAGAACACUUCCGUCAAAACCGUCUACUCCCGAAAAUUUGUCUGCCAAACCGCUCUCUAGUUCUCGAGUGCAACUGAUGUGGAAACCUCCCACACAUCCUCAUGGCAAAUUAGUCAAAUACGUUAUCAGAGGAUUUUAUUUAAAGGACGACACGGUCGCUUUGGAGGAACGCAGUUAUUGUAAAAACCAAACAUUUUUUGGCGACGGUCUUCUGUACAAAUCCACAUCGAUGGCUAUCCCGCCGCCUGUAGACCAGUAUUGCGAGGAACAAUGCGAACCACAAAAAAAUACCGUGAAUAAUUUAUGUAAUAGUUUACAGCACAGUUUAGACAUCGAUUUGAUUCCGUCUAGCAGUCACAAGUCUGUGUUCGAGUCGUGUAGUAACUAUAUCAAUGUUUUCGUGGAAGCAAAAUGUAUGUCUAUGCAAAAUAAAGAUGAAAUGUAUCUACAAAAUAACGUGAACGAGAACUGCACGCAAAAGUGGUCAAUCGGUGACGAGCCGAACGGUUUGCAAACGGGCCCCAAUGAAGAUUACAUUAUUUACGAGGUGAAUGAAAACUACACGUCGUUAAACAUUACCGGACUGAAACAUUAUAGUCAAUACGUGUUGACUAUUUUAGUUUGUAGAGAGGUCGUCGAACUGGAAAAAAGUUCCACUACCCAUGAAGAUCCUUGUAGUCAAGAGACGUUGGUGUCCUUCCGCACGUUGAAAAAUGAUCAAGCUGACAUUAUAGAUGACCAAAAAGUCAAAUCGGCAACGUACAAUCACACUGUUAAUAUAUCGUGGGAGGUACCGACACUGGUAAACAGCGUGAUUCACAGUUUUAAGUUGGACUAUAGACCCUUGGAUUCUAUAAGUUUUGAGACUGUGUGCAUUACUAUGAAAGAAUAUAUAACCGCCGGUCGAUCGCAUUCCCUCAAUCAUUUAUCGUUCGGCGAAUAUGAAUUUAAAAUCCGCGCGAUUUCGUUGGCCGGAGAUGGACCUAGCUCUGAUAUGCACAGAUUUUACGUUUCCAAUUAUGAUACACAAGACAAUUUAAACUUGAUCGUUAUGAUUCUCAUUUGCGGUUGUAUAUUAAUAGUGUUGGUUGGCAUCAUUAUCCGUACGUACUUGAGUCGUAAAUUAGACCGUCACAACAUAUACAAUAUAGCUAACAAUCCCGGUUACGUUGGUAUCUAUGUCGAGGACGAAUGGGAAUUGGCCAGAGAGGACGUGCUGAUAAAAAAAAUGCUCGGUAGAGGAACUUUUGGUACGGUGCAUGAAGGUGUACUAUUGCCAGAUAACGUACCCUGUGCCGUGAAAUCUGUAAGUAAGACGAACUUUAUGAGGUAUCAUGCGGAAUUCUUGAACGAAGCGGCCAUAAUGAAGAAAUUCAGCGAAGGGUAUUUCAUAGUAAAAUUACUCGGAGUGGUUACCAAAACUCGUCCGCCGCUGUUGGUGAUGGAACUGAUGGGCCGCGGGGAUUUGAAAAACUUAUUGGUGAAAUCUAAGGAAUCCAACGAUCCCCCUCCUCCCAGCAGGUAAAACAAUUAUUAUUUAAGUAUUGGAUUUUCGAUUUUAAUUUUUGUUUAAUAUAUUUUAGAUAUACGAUUAUUCGUAUGGCCGCCCAAAUAGCCGACGGUAUGGCGUUCCUAGAAUAUAAUAGAUUUAUCCAUCGAGAUUUGGCGGCGCGAAAUUGUAUGGUGGCCAAUGACAUGACUGUGAAAAUCGGCGAUUUUGGCAUGAGUCGACAAAUUUAUACAGGCGAUUAUUAUCGUAAAGGCAACAAGGGUGAAAUGCCUAUACGAUGGAUGGCACCCGAGAGCCUCGGCGAAGGUAUAUUUACCAGUCAGUCGGACGUUUGGAGUUACGGGGUCGUAAUCUGGGAAAUGAUGACAUUGGGUGAACAGCCUUACAUGGGCAAAAGCAAUAACGAGGUCAUGGCAUAUGUCCUCGACGGAAACUUAUUAAACUUGCCUAUUUUUUGUCCCGACAUAUUAGCCAGUAUUGCUAGAUUAUGCUGGAAUUGGAGUGCUGCUCAGCGACCAAGGUUCCUAAAAAUUGUUGAAAGGCUCGAUAUUUAUCUGGAUGAUAAUUUCAGGUUCGUUUUAUCUUUAUUAAUUGAAAAUUCAAUCUAUGUAAUCAUGUUGUAAAAUCAUAAUUUGAUCAUUGUUUUUUGUGUAGAUCGCAUUCAUUUUUUCAUAAUCACAGCAAAGACAACAAUUCGCCUGUUGACCAGUCAUUAAUGUCUCCCUGUACAACAUAUGAAGAAGACAUAGACAAUGAAAGUAUUAAUUUUGAAGGCGGUGACACUGUAGCUGUUUAUAGUGCGUUCCAUGUGGAUAAAAAUAAAAUGAGUAAUGGUCAUUUGUCGCCAAUGUAA